AUGAGCUUCGGCUUCGGUGUUGGCGACUCCAUUGCGGUCCUUGAGCUCGUGAACAAGGUUCGCAAAGAUUUUCAGAGUGCCCCGAGCCAGUUUGAGGACAUCUCCAAUGAGGUUAGAAGUCUCUCGAUUGUGCUAUCCGAGGUCGACGUCACCGUUUCCGAGACCGAACUCGACGCAUACCAGCGGUCAGGCCUACAGCAUCUUGUUAGUAGCUGUCGAGAUGUGCUUGAGACCUUGGAAGAGACGCUGGAAAAGUACAGGGACUUGAGUUCAGGUAAUGGAAAGUUGAGAAGCCGGGUAAAGAGGGUUUGGAAGCGAAUCAACUGGGAACCAGACGAUAUUCGGGAACUUCAAGCAAUUUGCGCUAUCAAACACGGCGUAGGUCGGUUUAAUCUUCAGCAAGACAACGAACAGCGUCUCAGGACACUCGACUGGCUAACGCCGCUUGACUAUGACGCUCAACAGCAGGACUUCAUUAGUCGAAGACAGCCGGGCACUGGAAAGUGGCUCUUGGACUCUAAAGAGUACCAGAGCUGGCUGACGACUGUGGGCCAUACCUUGUUCUGUCGGGGUAUGCCAGGAGCUGGAAAGACAAUCCUUACCUCGACCGUGGUCGAAGAUCUUACAACGAGAUAUCGUGGCGACAAGAAAACUGUCAUUUCGUACAUUUACUUCAACUUUCACCCGCAGGAUGAUCAAAAGCUCACCAAUUUGUUGGGAAGCAUCUUGAGGCAGUGUAUCCAACAUUUGGAUCGGCUACCGGAGAGCGUCACCGCUCUUGAGAACGAGUCGUCGGAUGGUUGCCGAGCCAGUCUUCUCUCAGAGCUGUUCAAGCUCCAGGCCAGGUGUGGCGUGAAUAUCUUUGCGACAUCAAGAUUUAUACCGGAUAUUGUUGACACAUUCGAAAAUGGCACAACACUGGAGAUACGGGCAAGCAGUAAGGACAUAGAGAGAUACGUGAAAGGGCGCAUGGAGCAUCUCCAACCCUUUGCCCGCCGGAACAAGCAGUUACAAGAGGAGAUCAAGGCCGGGAUAUCAGCAGCAGUGGAUGGAAUGUUUCUACUGGCGCAGAUCUUUCUCGACUCGCUUGAUGACAAGCUGAGGGCCAAGGACAUCAGAAGCGGCCUGAACGACCUCCGCAGGCAAAUUCAAGGACCAGGGGAAGGUGGCCAAGCCCAAGCGCUGGACUGCGCAUACGAGAAGGCCAUGGAAAGAAUUAAGCUCCAGCACGCGCUCGUAGUGGAGCCCGACACCGUUAAAUUUAAUGAAGAGAAUCUCCCAGACAUUCAAGGAAUGGUAUCUGCCUGCUGUGGAUUGGUGACGAUCGAAAACGAGAGCAGCAUCAUCCGGCUGGUACACACUACCACACAGGAAUACUUUGAACGGACACAGGGAAAGUGGUUCCCAGACGCUGAUGCAGAGAUUACAACAACUUGCCUCACAUACCUUUCGUUCGACAUUUUUGAGGCUGGGGUUCUCUAUGGGGACAAGGAGCUCAUCGAAUGCCUGCGUUCAAACCCACUCUAUGACUACGCCACGCAGCACUGGGGCCACCAUGCUCGCAAGGCUCUCACUCUGGCCGAGGAAAUCAUAGGGUUUCUCGAAAGCGGCCCGAAAGUCGAGGCUCGACUACCGGCGGCGGCACGGACCCAGAUGGCGUGA